AUGGCACGGAUUGUGACCGUAGAUGCGCUGGCGUCAGUGUCGUCGACAGCAAUGCAGAGCGCGCCCGAGCAGCGGAACAUGGAUAUGUCCAAGGCUGUGCCGCAGCGUUCGGGCACUGGGUCUGCUGGGGUCGAGCAGUUUACGGAGAAAGUGGGAAUGAUGAUGUCGAACGAGUCGCAGGGGGUGCUGAUGUCUGUCCCGCAAGCCCGGGCGAUGAUCCAGCGCGGAAUGCACAUCGGAAGCGGGUCGUUUACGCGUGUUCUGGUCUCAGACCUCAACGGGCGGCGGGUGUUGGUCAAGGUGCUGAUGGAGCAGUCGCCGUCGCAGGAAUCGCUCAUUACACUGGCCUGCGGGCUGGCGGAGGUGAUGCGGACGUCGCAGCUUGCUGCAGUCGGCUCUGUGGUAGCGCCGGUGGCGAUCUCGUGCCUGCGGCCGUACAUUAGUUUUGCAGUCCCGUUCUACGAGCUCGGCUCGCUUGCAGCGGCGAUGCAGAACGGGCGGACAGAUCCCAAGUUCCUGCGGACUGUGGCGCUGGCGACGGGGCGCGCCGUGGCGGGCCUCCAUCGCAUCGGAAAGUACCACGGAGCGCUCAAGCCGACGAAUGUACUUCUGAGCAACUCAGGCGGCUCGUCUGUGGCGCUCUCUGACGUCGGCCUCACGCGAGUCAAGGUGUCUGUGGCGACAAUGACCAUGUCGCCGUCGGUGGCCUUCCUCGCGCCCGAGAUCCUCACUGGCGGAGUCGAGGGCCCACCGUCGGACGUGUACUCUUUUGGCUCUCUGCUGUAUGAAAUGCUGACGGGCAAGCCGGCGUUUGAAGGCGAGUCGACCAUGCAGGUGGCGCACAAGAUUUCCAAGAACGAGCUUCCGGAGACUACCGGCAUUGCCUCACAUCGACUCUCUCGCCUGCUGGCAGCCUGUUGGCUCACCCGGCCGUCUGAUCGGGUGGAGAUGUCAACUGCCGUGGAGCUCAUUCUCGACACCAGUGCCGAUGCGGUGACGGACCCGCAGGAGGUGGCUGCACUGGUCGACUUUUACAACGCCACGGGAGGGCCUACGGACGGAUACGAGCAUGUGUAUGCGCUGGAAGUUGCGCAGAACAACCUGAAGGGAACAGUGCCGGCGUCGAUCGGCAACCUGAAGGAUCUGGUGUGGUUUGCGGCCGACAUUUUCAACUCGCUGAGCGGGACACUGCCGGCGACAGUUGGAUCGUGGACGUCGAUGCAGCUGUUCACCAUUGCCGGCUCGCAGGGCGGGGCAGGUGACAAGUUCUCGGGUGCGUUCCCAGAAGCGGCGUGCGAGUGGAAAGACGUGAUCAUCAUCCACGCCGGCGACAACGCGUUUACCUCGGCGCCUGGCUGCCUGUGCCAGCUAGAGGGCCUCUCCAACUGCGACUUUUCCGGCAACCCACUCUCGUGCACCGGCUUUGAUCGUUGCCUCGAGCAAAAGUGCGGCGCCAAGUGUGUGAGCGAGUGA